AUUGACAAACUCGGCCAUGGCUACCAAGGUGACCCGGCCAGUGCCCUCUUGGAACUCUUGGACCCUGAACAGAAUGCCAAUUUCCUUGAUCACUAUUUAGAUGUGACCGUGGACCUGUCUAAAGUCCUUUUCAUAUGCACUGCUAACGAACUCUCCACGAUACCUGGUCCUCUUAUCGAUCGUAUGGAACUUAUUGAGGUGUCUGGCUAUGUGGCAGAAGAGAAAUUGGCCAUAUCUCAGCGAUAUCUCCUUCCCCAAGCUUCUUCAGACUCAGGUUUGUCGUUGGAACAAUGUUCUAUAACCGACUCUGCUCUUCAGAAGUUAAUCCGACAGUACUGCCGCGAAAGUGGAGUUCGCAAUCUACAGAAGCAUAUUGAGCGCACUGUUUAUGAGCUUAAUCACUUAUCGAAGAUAUGA